AUCAGGCUUUUUUGGUUUUUAUUAUGAUACAGGUUCAGCAGAAGUGGCCAUCUGGUGUCCCAGAAACUCAAAAUGUUAGGUGUGUUUCUGUUGAUGGUGAUGCUGACCGUGUUAUAUACAGCUACAUAGAUGAUGAUAAUAAAUAUCAUAUGUUAGAUGGUGAUAAGAUUGCAACGUUAGUGGCUGGAUAUUUCCAGGAAUUGCUGAAAAGUGCAGGUCUCCGUCUUAAGCUUGGAUUAGUUCAAACAGCAUAUGCGAAUGGUGCCUCAACGGACUACAUUACAAAUGAAUUAGGAGUUCCUGUAGCCUGUGCUAAAACAGGUGUAAAGCACUUACAUCACAUGGCUUUGCAGUUUGAUAUUGGGGUUUAUUUUGAAGCUAAUGGGCAUGGAACAGUCAUAUUUUCCAAGGAAGCCAAAUCAUCUAUCCGUGUUGCAGCAUCAGGUGGAAAUGAGAGUGCCAAGAAGCUUUCUCUGGUCUUAGAUGUGAUCAAUGAGACAGUGGGAGAUGCCAUAUCAGACAUGUUGCUUGUGGAAACUAUCUUACAUGCCAAAGGCUGGUCUGUGUGUGAUUGGAAUGCUGCAUACCAUGACCUUCCUAAUAGACAGAUGAAGGUGAGUGUUGCUGAUCGCUCAGUUAUUACAACAACGGAUGCUGAACGUAUUUGUGUAACCCCUGAAGGUCUACAGAAAAGUAUUGAUGCAAUCGUCAAAUCCUAUCCUAAAGGGAGGUCUUUUGUGAGACCCUCAGGAACAGAAGACAUUGUUCGAGUUUAUGCAGAAGCUGCAACACAGAAAGAAACUGAUGAACUAGCCGUGAAGGUUGCAUGUGCUGUGCACAGUGAAGCUGGUGGUGUUGGAGAGAAACCAACCUCCGUGUAAAUGUAGUAGUUCUUACUUUCAAGUUGCUAUGAGGAAGUUCUUGUAAAGUAGGAUUGGGUUUUUAAGUAAUUUAAUGAUAAAUUUUUGCAAGCCCAGGUUCAGUAAAAACCAAAGCUUUGGAGAGGUGAUAUCUGUUUGAAUAAUAAUUCUCUAUAGUACAGUAUAUUAUGACAUUUUAAAGUACGUAUUAAGAUUUAUCUCUUAAGACCAAGACAGAAUCACAUUAACUUUAUGAAAGCAAUUGAAGUUAGGGCAAGUUUGAUCACAUUGCUUCUUGUUUGUUGGAGAAUGAAAGUGAAUGUUGGAAAAUACUGUACCAUGAUAGAAGCGUAAUGCAUAAUUAGUUUUAAACAUUCUUCAAUUGAAAUAGAACUGUUAAAUUGUUAUGCCCUUCAACUGCUUUUUAUGUUAUUUAUGCUUUUGUAUCUCCCUUUGUAUCGAUUUGGCUGUUACCGAGGAGUACAUUAUAAAGAAUCUUCAGAUUAAUUGAUAUGGUGUUCUCUCUUUAAAAAAGUUUAAUUUGAAAUGGAAAUAUCUACAUUGAAGAUAUGGUACUGUGUUUUGAUGCACUUUUGAUAUCAUGCAGCCUAUAUUCUCUUCUAUUUGAUUAUUAUUUUUUUUAUUUGUAUACUAGUGAUAAACUUCAAUUCUUUUGAUAUUUAUAUAAGCUCAGUGCUCAUCAUUAUGGAUUGAUGAAAGUGUUUUGAAACACUGUUGGAGUGAUGAGCAAAAUUGAUUAAUUUUAGAUUAAUAUUUUGUUAUGAAAGGACAUUAAAACAGCACCAUGCUAUCUGGUGAGUUGUAUCUAUGUCUGCGUUUGUGCUCUUAGCAGUUUUAUGGAAAGCAAAAUUGUCAAUAAGCUUUUUUUGGGUGGGGUUAGCAUACAGUGAUCAACAUAAAUGCCAGAUAUACGUUUUAAUGUUCCAUUUCAUGACAUAGGUUAUGUGGGGCAAUUGAUGUGAUUAUAAAAUUGAGAUUAUAAAAUUAUUAUAAAUUAGUUUGAUGUUGACUGACAAUUGAUUAGUAGUUUUCUGACUUGAAUAAACAAAAAAGCUAGUUUACAGUAUAGAGUGCCUGACUGUGUGUCUUUACACUUGAUUGAUUAUAAAAGGGAUUUUGACGUAAGGAAAAAAUC